AUGUCAACCCCCUCAGUCACCGCAGUAUACAGCGUCUCUACGCCCACGCAGGAUACAACCACCGCUACUGAGGCAGCAGGAACCUCAGGACCCAUCCUCACCUUCGAUGCCCCUAUCGACUCCUCUUACAAUGCCUCCGCCUUGCCUGGCCAACUCCAAAAGGAACAGUACCUGAGCGCCCUUGCCAAGGCCCUCUCCGCCCUCCAAGAAUCCAUCAAUACCGGCUUGACUGGGCGUCUCGUCCAACAAGGCGUGCUGGAGGAAAAGGGCGACAACCCCAUCGAUGUCAAGAACAAGGUCCGCACCAAGGUCCCAGGACAGCCAAACAACUCCAAGAAGGGCCAGACCAAGAAGCAACAACAACGCGAACAGCAGGAGCAAAAGGACAAGGAGUCAGAAGCAGCAGCAGCAUCGACAGAGGCGACAUCAUCAACGACAGAAAUCGCACAGGGGACAAAAUCAACAACAGCCACGUCAGGAGUCGAAGCCAUCUCGCUGUCGGCUACCUCUACGACUGCUCCUGACACUUCCUCUGCGAUGGACAUCGAUCUUACACCAUCCUCGACUGCUGAGACUGUCUCAUCUACAGACGCACUGGAACUGGAAGACCAAUACAAGCCCAAGGGCGGGAUCUAUGGAAGCGACGAUGAGGAUGAGGGUGCCACUGCUAAGGACGAGGUUGAUCUGGUUAUGGAGGCGGACCCUGGUGAGAUCGACGGUGCUUGUCUAGAGCUGCCCAAGGAACAGGAUGCAUCCUCCGCUGCGCCAUCCCAGACCAAGAAACGGAACGAGCUCCCUGUCGAACUUGCUGGCCAGGAAUCUGCAGCGACCAAAAAGUCCCGAGGAUCAGAGGCAUAG